CUCCUCCUUCCCUGAUCCCUUCCUUCCUUCCUUAUCUUUCCCACUUCUCUUACUAGCACACAUAUACACUCGCCCUCUCACCCACCUGCCCUCUGCUACACACUAACACCGCCUUCCUCUCCUGCUCACUCUCGCCCCUUCGAAUUCCUCUUGUCCCUCGCUCAGUCCUAGGGGGCAAUCCGGAGCCCAGGAGCCCUGGGAUCCCUUCUUUCCCCGUCCCCCUCCCUGGAGAUGGACACGAAGCUUCACUGAGAAGAAAGAGGUUGCGUGGGGAGGGGAGGAAACGCGGUGGGCGCUCUCUUGCUCCCCCAGUCCCUCCAGCUGAAGCCAUGCGCCGCCCGAGGGGCUCCUCCGGCGCCCUCCUACCUUUCCUCAUCCAGUUCGUCCUCCGAGGGUGCCAAGCGAAGAACCUGACAGUGGCCGUGGUCCUACCAGUGACCAACACCACGUACCCAUGGUCGUGGUCCCGUGUGGGGCCGGCAGUGGAGAUGGCGUUGAAAAAGAUGAACGAACAGUCCGACCUGUUGCCGGGCUGGACCGCAGUGCACCAGCUAGGCAGCAGCGAGGACCCCCAAGGGAUGUGCUCCGACAGCUGGGCGCCCUUGGUCGCGGUGGACCUCAAAGUGGAGUAUAACCCGGCUGUGUUUCUGGGGCCGGGCUGCGUGUACUCCGCUGCACCCGUGGCCCGCUUCACGGCUCACUGGAAGGUACCGCUGCUGACCGCCGGGGCGUCUGCCGUGGGCUUCGGCUCCAAAGAUGAGUACGCCCUGACCACCCGCACCGGCCCGAGCCACGCCAAAAUGGGGGACUUCGUGGCCACGCUGCACCAGGAGCUGGGCUGGGAGCGCCGCACACUCUUCCUCUACAACGAACCACCCGAACAGAUCCGGGACGACCGGCCCUGCUUCUUUGCUAUCGAAGGGCUAUACUUACGGCUCCAGGCCCGGCUCAAUAUCACAGUGGACUACCUGCAUUUUGUCGAUGGGGACCUGGAGUUCUAUAGCGCACUUCUGCGGGACGUACAAAAAAAAGGCCGAAUCAUCUAUAUCUGCAGUUCUCCAAAAACGUUCAGAGACCUGAUGCUUCUAGCCCAGGAAGCAGGGAUGACAGGGGGAGAUUAUGUUUUCUUCUACCUUGAUGUCUUCGGGAAGAGCCUGCAAGAAGGACACAGCCCUUUCUCAGGAAGGCCAUGGCAUCAAGGGGAUGGGUAUGAUGCCAUUGCCCGAAAGGCCUUCCAGGCUGUUAAAAUCAUCACCUAUAAGGAGCCUGAUAAUCCCGAGUACCCAGAAUUUCUGCAGCAGCUCAAAGAUUUAGCCCAGAAGAAAUUUAACUUCACGGUGGGGGAUGGGCUGGUGAACACAAUUGCAGCCUCCUUCUAUGAUGGGCUUCUGAUCUAUGCCCAAGCAGUGACUGAGACACUAGCCAGUGGUGGCUCAGCCACUGAUGGGGAAGCUGUCACAAGAAGAAUGUGGAAUCGAAGUUUCUAUGGUGUUACAGGAUACCUAAACAUCGAUAGCAAUGGUGACAGAGAGAAUGAUUUCUCUCUCUGGGACAUGGAGCCUUCUAGCGGUAUUUUCAGGGUCGUGCUUAACUACAAUGGGACAACCCAACAGAUGGUUUCUGUCCAUGGACGUGAACUGUUCUGGCCCUUAGGGCAUCCCCCUCCUGAUGUUCCCCCUUGUGGCUUUGAUGGUAGAGAUCCUGCCUGCAGCCAAGCCUCCCUCUCCACUCUGGAAGUCCUGGCCCUGGUGGGUAGCCUCCUGCUUUUCAGCAUCCUGAUUGUGUCUUUCUUCAUAUACAGGAAGCUGCAACUAGAGAAGGAGCUAGCCUCGGAACUGUGGAGGGUACGCUGGGAAGAUGUGCAGGCCAGCAGCCUCGAGAGGACCCUCCGGAGUGCAGGGAGCCGGCUAACUCUGAGCGCGAGAGGUUCCAACUACGGUUCCUUGAUGACCACUGAGGGCCAGUUCCAGAUUUAUGCCAAGACAGCCUAUUACAAGGGCAAUCUUGUGGCUAUAAAACAUGUGAACCGAAAACGCAUUGACCUGACCCGAAAAGUCCUAUUUGAGUUAAAACAUAUGAGAGAUGUACAAAAUGAACACCUGACAAGGUUUAUUGGUGCCUGUACUGAUCCCCCCAACAUUUGUAUUCUCACUGAAUAUUGUCCACGAGGGAGCCUUCAGGAUAUCUUGGAGAACGAGAGUAUUACCCUAGACUGGAUGUUCCGAUACUCACUCACAAAUGACAUUGUUAAGGGAAUGCUGUUUCUGCACAAUGGUGCCAUUUGCUCCCAUGGGAACCUCAAGUCAUCCAACUGCGUAGUAGAUGGGCGCUUCGUGCUCAAGAUCACAGACUAUGGGUUGGAGAGCUUCCGAGUGCCAGAGCCAGAGCACAGCUAUGCCCUCUAUGCCAAGAAGCUGUGGACAGCCCCUGAGCUACUUCGAAUGGCAGUCCCUCCUGCCCAGGGCACCCAGGCAGGUGACAUUUACAGUUUCGGGAUCAUCCUUCAGGAGAUAGCUCUUCGGAGGGGGGUGUUCCAUGUGGAGGGAAUGGACCUCAGUCCCAAAGAAAUUAUUGAGCGAGUAGUCCGAGGGGAACAGCCCCCAUUCCGGCCAUCCCUGGCCCUCCAUUGUCAUCUGGAGGAACUGGGACAACUGAUGCAGAAGUGCUGGGCUGAAGACCCACAGGAGCGCCCACCCUUCCAACAAAUCCGUCUGAUGUUGCGGAAGUUCAACAGGGAGAACAGCAGCAACAUCCUAGACAACUUGCUUUCAAGAAUGGAGCAGUAUGCCAACAAUCUGGAGGAGUUGGUGGAAGAACGAACACAGGCCUAUCUAGAUGAGAAACGGAAGGCUGAGGCCCUACUCUACCAGAUUCUGCCCCACUCAGUGGCGGAGCAGCUGAAGCGAGGAGAGACAGUCCAGGCGGAGGCCUUUGACAGUGUCACCAUCUUCUUCAGUGACAUAGUUGGCUUCACAGCUCUAUCUGCAGAAAGUACCCCCAUGCAGGUGGUGGCCUUGCUUAAUGACUUGUACACCUGCUUCGAUGCUGUGAUCGACAACUUUGAUGUCUACAAGGUGGAGACAAUUGGAGAUGCCUACAUGGUGGUCUCUGGGCUACCGGUGAGGAAUGGGAGCCUCCAUGCCCGAGAAGUGGCCCGAAUGGCUUUGGCACUGCUAGAUGCGGUUCACUCUUUUCGCAUCCGCCAUCGGCCUCAGGAAAAACUCCGCCUGCGCAUUGGCAUCCACACAGGUCCAGUAUGUGCUGGAGUGGUAGGGUUGAAGAUGCCCCGUUAUUGUCUCUUUGGUGAUACUGUCAACACUGCCUCUCGGAUGGAGUCCAAUGGUGAAGCCCUGAAGAUCCACAUGUCCUCAGAAACCAAGGCAGUCCUGGAGGAGUUUGAUGGUUUUGAGCUGGAGCUUAGAGGGGAUGUGGAAAUGAAGGGCAAGGGCAAAGUCCGAACUUAUUGGCUUCUGGGAGAACGAGGAAGCAGCACUCGGGGCUGAUGUGCCCUUUCUGUUGCCCCCCAGUGCCCAGACUCAGGAUCAACAUCCCCCUGCUAGAGAGCCCCACUUUCACCUGGGGACCCAAAGGGGGAUUUGAAUAGCUCAGGUUUGGAGACCUCAGUGGGGAUAAUCCCAAGGCUCUGGGAGAGGACCCCGAGUCUGGGCAUAACACAAGAGUACCGGACUGGAUCAGAUAACCACGCCAGCACAUCCACAUCCAUGUACAUGCACACAUGUAUUCUCUACCCUGGCCCAUGCCAACAUCAUUGGAUGGGGACUUUGGAUGCUCAAAUACUUCCUUCCUCUAUUCCAUCUCUCUUCCCCAGUACACUGUGGCUAUUUAGGGGUACCAGAAGGGGGAGAAGCAGAGCCACCCCAAUGAAAGCAGCCUCCAGGCUACUGGCAACGCUUAUGGGCUCAGCAUAACCAUAGUGGGUGAGACAGGUUCACCCACCUACCAUUUGGAUACAGAGGGUUGAGCUAGAGGAAAGAAAGGAGUGGGUGGGAGGACUGUGGGGUUGAGGGGAAGAGGGGUAUUGGUGCCCAGCUUCUACUUCUGAGCAGAUGACCGAUCAUUAAAGUCUUUAUUCCUGAA